UUUUUUUUUUAAGGAUCUUCGGUAUGGUAGAUGGCGCUGGUCAAGGGAUAUUAGUGUGAAAAUAGAGGAAUAUAUGUAGUGAAUUGUGUUUAAGCGCAGCGGUACACUGGGGUGGAGUAGGAUGUCAAAACUUCAGACAAUUGUGUGGCCGAAAGUUGUGCUUUUCGGGGACUCAAUCACACAGUUUUCUUUUCAGGCGAACGGAUGGGGCUCUGAAAUAGCAAACAAAUUAGCCAGGAGAUGUGAUGUGAUGAACCGGGGAUUCUCAGGCUACAACUCCAGAUGGGCUAAGAUGAUCCUCCCUUGCAUCCUGGACCCCAAGUGCAAUGCAGAUGGUCAUAUCGCUGCUGUUACCAUCUUUUUUGGAGCCAACGACUCCUCUUUAGAAGAUGUCAAUCCUCAACAGCACGUCCCACUGCAGGAAUACAUGGAGAACCUAAAGGACAUGGUGAAACACCUGGUGUCUGUGGGUGUCCCCGCAGACAGGGUCAUCCUCGUGACGGCCCCACCCCUGUACGAACCUGCGUGGGAGAAGGAGUGUCGCCUUAAAGGAUCUUUGCUCAAUCGUCUGAAUGCUGUGACUGGAGAGUAUGCCCAGGCAUGUGUCCAAGUUGCUGGGCAAUGUGGAAUCGAUGUUUUGGAUCUCUGGACACUGAUGCAGAAGGAUGGGACAGACUUUUCCUCCUACCUCUCUGAUGGGCUCCACCUCUCUGACACAGGAAAUGAGUUAGUAGCCCAGCACCUCUGGACUUUCUUGGAGAAGCGGACUGCCCACUUACCCAUGAUUCUACCCUACUGGGGCAAUGUGGAUGCCAGGGACCCUCAGUCUAGCCUCCUGAGUGGCAGCCCCCAGGACCAGUGAGAAGCAGCAACAAGCUGGCAGGGCAUUUCAAGCACCCUGGUAUCUGCUCCUCUCACCAGGGUAGUGGUUCACUGCUUAGUGUUCUAAAGCCCUGGUGGACCAUGGUGUAUACCAGGUUGUGUAUAAACCAAGCUGAAAGUUAACCAUGAUUGAGCUUCCUGUUAAAACAAUUGUACAGUGCCACUUAUUGACUGUGACACCUGUUCUUUUUUCCUGUAUUAGUACACUUGAACUGUUGGCAUUAUGCUUUGCUUCUUUUGUACUCCUUGUACACACUGUGCAGUUGUUUCUGCAGCAUCUGGUUCUAAACAGAAGAUGCAGUGGAGAGGCUGAACUCAUAAUCUGAAAUAAGUGUUCAAAUUAGAACAGAUAUUUUUGGAGAAUUUAUUACUGGAAUCUUAUUUCCUGUAUGAAUUGCUCAACAUGCUCGUAGUACACCAAUAGCUUCACGUUAACUCAACCUGAGGCACUUCUGGGGACAAAAAUUAAUAGUCUCACCCUUGCAGGUUUUAAUUUACAUGUUACAAGUCCCAUUCUUCUGUAACUUGAUUUAUUAAAGGAACAGCUAAGUCAAGGCCAAUUUGGGACAGCAGGGCUGGGAACCAUUGGUCUGGGAGAUCUGUCAGCUUCUGGUCUAUUUAGCCAACAGAAAUUAUGAUUUUUUUUUUUUCCCCCCAUCUGCACUUAUUUGUU